ACUAACGGGCGCUGAUUGAUCGGGCGGAUCAACGGGGACUCUCAAUGGUCGAGGGGGCUGCGGGUUUGCAUCAUCUGGGCCUGCUGGUGAUGCAAGCCUGCAGCCCGCGCUCGGGACGAUGCAGCCAAUAAACACCGCAAAUCAAGUGGGGGGCGCCUCACCGCUACAUGUGUUUGCGAGUGAUACAUCCACUCGCUGCCACGUCAGGGCCAGCAGACGGGUAUCCAUUGGGGUUUAUUGGCCGAGAGACGCAAACAACACCACCUCCGGUCGCACCACCAUCACCGCCAUGUCUUGCAGGAUCAAAUCAUCGUGCUAGACGCCAAUCCCGGCUGCAGCAAAAUGCACGCCCGGCACACGCUUGGACGCUCCUCGGUCGGCCUGGCCCCCCACGCCUCAUCUCCCGCCGCCCGCUGCGAAAGACUCUAAAAGGCCGCCCUUUCCCCUCUGGAUCUCGUCCCUCUCGAUCUCUUCAACUCAUCUCACCUUCUCAAUCCGAAACAGAACCCAUCCUCCGUCAUCAAGAUACCCAGAUCUGCCUCCACCCUGCUUCCAUUUCCUUCCAUCAUCCUUCUACUUUGCCUCCUUCUACUCCACUUGUUGCUAGAUUUGUCACAGUCAAAUCUGCUGCUCCACUUGACCACUACCCUGUUUGCUACUACUUGCCGUCUUCCACUUACUACUAAAGGCUUCUUCGUCUUUUCUCUUUAUCUUCUCUCCGUGUCCAACCCCGUGGAUCUUGGAAAGAACUCAUACUCCUUGGCUUCAAAAAAAGACCUUACUGCCCAUUGGAACUCAGUCCAUAUCCUGGAUAGGAUUUGCCUUGCUGUUUUCUUUUUUCUUUAUUCGACUUUCCGAAUAUCGAUAGAUCACAGGUAGUUCCCUUGCCUUUCUUUGCUUUAUGCCUUUCUUUGCUUUAU